AUGGCGCAAUACUUCUUCGACCUCCUGUACAACUUCACGGAUUGCAUGUGUUGCUUUCCAAGCUCCCCACAGCUAAAGAUCAAUAACCGGAGUUUCAAGCUUCUACGUUUGUUGGGCGAGGUAAAGAUACCCGAUAAUAAGCUGCAAGCUGGCCUGAAACUGACAACGCAACAGGGCGGAUUUUCUUACGUCUACCUAGUCCAAGAUAAGACGACCUCCGAAUUAUUCGCGCUGAAAAAGAUCCGCUGUCCAUUCGGUCAGGAAUCCGUGUCGCAAGCUCUGAAAGAAGUCGAAGCCUACAACCUCUUCAACUCCCAAUCCAACAUCAUCCACUCAAUCGACCACUGCGUUUCCACAGAAUCCGGCUCGAAAUUCAGAUCCGAUGGCGGAGAUCCAGGCUCGAAAACGGUCUAUAUCUUACUUCCAUACUACCAGCGCGGUAAUCUCCAGGAUGCCAUCAAUGCCAAUCUGGUCAACCAUACCAAGUUCCCGGAGAAGCGGCUGAUGGUCCUGAUACUCGGUGUUGCCGAUGCGCUUCGCUCGAUGCAUCAGUAUCGGGUGAAGAGCGGGGCGGCGUCUACGCGAAAGGCGAAGGGUGUUCGGAGAGAAGGCGAGCAGGCAGACGAGGAACGGGGCAUGCAGAUGAAACCGAAACGGAGGGCUGGCCAUCGCAUGGCUGAGGGUGAGGAGGAUGAGGAGAAUGAGCCCCUGAUGGAUGACGAGGUCACCCGGAGUCAGGAAGGUGUCGAGGAUGGGGACCUGCGCCCCUAUGCGCACCGAGAUGUCAAGCCUGGUGAGUUAGCAUUUUGGUCGCAGAUGCGGAACCUCCGGCUCGAGCUAAUGGUCAAUAUAGGAAACAUCAUGAUCGAUGACAGCGGCCAAUCACCCAUCCUGAUGGAUCUGGGUUCCCUGGCGCCCAGCCCCAUUGCCAUUACGUCGCGCUCCCUCGCCUUGGCGGUGCAGGAUACCGCAGCAGAACACAGCACGAUGCCAUAUCGCGCACCGGAGCUCUUCGAUGUCAAGACAGGGUCGAUGAUUGAUACCAAGGUCGAUAUCUGGUCGCUUGGCUGCACACUCUACGCCUGUCUGGUAGGCAAGAGCCCCUUCGAGGCGCGCAGUGAAGAGACCGGUGGGAGCUUGAGCAUGUGCGUUCUCGGUGGUGACUGGCGAUUCCCUGAUGAGAAGUCUGGCGCUUCCAAGGGUAAAGGCAAGUCGGGAGAAAGCGAGGAAGCAUCCAAAAGCGAUGGCCCUGCGAUAAGUGCACCCGUCAAGGAUAUUGUUCGCAAGUGUCUCACUGUUGAACCCUCGGAACGGCCUGACAUUGAUGAGCUCAUUGAGCUCAUGAAGGGUGUUAUUGAACAAAUGCCUGAAGAUGACGCGGGCCCGUUCCCAAUAAGAUCCACUGGAUCUUGCAUUCCUAUUUUUGUCUUCUCCUUUGACCGGCAGGCUCCGUAUGCGCGCGAUUUCUUUAGCUGUACAUUAUGA